GGAAGUGGAAGUUGUCAAAGUUCACCCUGCUGUCUCUGACAGUCAGCGUUGCUCUUGUAACCGCUGCUCACUAAGUGCUGUCAAACGGGCCCUGAUAUUCAGAGGGAUGUCUUUGUCUUUCGAGGGAAGAGUUGCGCUUGUCACCGGCUCCGGAGGAGGCCUUGGCAGGGAAUAUGCUCUGGCUUUUGCUGAAAGAGGAGCCUCAGUUGUAGUGAAUGACCUCGGGGCAGACACUAAAGGGGGCGGAAAGAGUUCUGCAGCUGCUGAUAAGGUGGUGGAGGAGAUAAGAGCAAAGGGAGGAAAGGCCGUGGCCAACUAUGAUUCUGUAGAAGAUGGAGAAAAAGUGAUCCAAUCAGCACUAGAUGCCUUUGGAAGAAUAGAUAUUGUUGUAAACAAUGCGGGGAUUCUUCGUGACCGUUCAUUUGCCAGGACGAGUGAUUUGGACUGGGACCUGAUUCAUCGAGUUCACUUGAGAGGAUCCUUCUCUGUGACUCGAGCUGCCUGGAACCACAUGAAGAACCAAGCAUUCGGCAGAAUCAUCAUGACGACUUCAGCCGCUGGCAUCUACGGUAACUUCGGGCAGGCCAACUACAGCGCCGCCAAGCUGGGCCUGCUGGGGCUGGCAAACACCUUGGCCAUCGAGGGACUCCGAUACAACAUCCGUUGCAACACCAUCGCCCCCGUCGCCGGGUCCCGCCUCACAGAGACCGUCAUGACGCCAGAACUUGUGGCGUCUCUGAAGCCGGAGUACAUUGCUCCCAUGGUCCUCUGGCUCUGUCACGAACAAUGCCAAGAAAAUGGUGCACUUUUUGAGGCCGGUGCUGGCUGGAUUGGUAAAUUGCGCUGGGAGCGUUCUCAGGGCAGCAUUGUGAGACAGAAAAACCAACCCAUGACUCCCGAGGCUGUCCGGGACCAGUGGGACAAAAUCUGUGAUUUCACUGAUGCCACCAAGCCGAAGAGCGUACAAGAGUCUCUGCUGUCGAUUGUGAGCGUGCUGUCCGGAUUGGACUCGGGUGGAGGAGUGGGGGCGACUCCAACAGCUGCUGCAGCUUUGGCCUCAGGGGUCAAUCCUGCCGAGGCCGUGGGACAAAAACUACCACCGUCCACCUUCACCUUCACUCCCGCCCAGUGCAUCCUCUAUGCGCUGGGGGUCGGCAUGUCCACCAAGGACCCGGACCACCUACGGUUCUUGUAUGAAGGCCACGAAGACUUCAGCUGCCUCCCAACCUUCGGGGUCAUUCCCUCCCAGGCCGCCAUGAUGGACGGCGGCCUGAGCUCAAUCCCUGGACUCAACAUAGAUUUUACACAGGUUUUGCAUGGGGAGCAGUAUCUGGAACUUUACAAACCUUUACCAACCUCAGGUACACUUACCUCUGAGGCCACGGUAGCAGACGUGCUGGACAAAGGAUCCGGAGCCGUCAUCCUCCUGGACGUGAAAACCUUCAGUGGCGACCAGCUGAUCUGCUUCAACCAGUUCUCUGUGUUUGUGGUCGGAGCCGGAGGGUUCGGAGGGAGGAGAACCUCCGACAACGCCAAAGCUGCUGUGCCUCCACCCAAACGGGCACCAGAUGUUGUGGCGAUUGAUUCUACCACCAGAGACCAGGCGGCCCUGUACCGUCUGAGCGGAGACUGGAACCCGCUCCACAUAGACCCCAGCUUUGCUGCCAUGGGAGGCUUCAAGGCUCCCAUCCUGCAUGGCUUGUGCUCGUUUGGCUUCGCUGCGAGACACGUCCUCAAGCACUUUGCUGCCAACGACCCCUCCAGGUUCAAGGCCAUCAAGGUUCGCUUUGUAAAGCCGGUGAUGCCGGGUCAGUCGCUGCAGACUGAGAUGUGGAAGGAAGGCAACAGGAUUCACCUCCAGUGUAAAGUGAAGGAGACGGACGCCGUCGUCCUCGCUGGCGCCUACGUGGAUUUACAUGGCGCCUCAGAAGCUUCCCUGGGAAAUCUCACCCAACACGGAGCGCUGCAGAGUGAGCUGGUGUUUGCGGAGAUCGGCCGUCGUAUUAAAGACUCGGGCUCGGAGUUGGUCAGGAAGGUGAACGCCGUGUUCGCCUGGGAGAUCACCAAAGACAGCCGGAGCGCCGCCGAGUGGACCAUGGACCUGAAGAACGGCAGCGGCUCCCUGCACAGAGGUCCUGCUGGUGGGAAGGCGGAUGUGACCAUCACCGUGUCAGAUGAGGACUUCAUGGAGGUGGUGCAGGGGAGACUCAACCCUCAGAAGGCAUUCUUCUCUGGCAAGCUGAAGGUGAGAGGGAACAUCAUGCUGAGUCAGAAGCUGGAGGUAAUCCUGAAGGACCAUGCCAAGCUCUGAGCCAAUCGGAUAUCGCCACAAACUAACCAACCAUCGCACCGGCUCUCUCCGCGUGGCGUCUUCUCUUCUCCUGAGUCAUGCGAAAAAAAAUUAACUUUCAAUGAGAAUGUAGACGUACAGACUACUAGAGGCAAAGGUUUUCUUCUGUGUGUCACAUGGGUUGUUUUAAUCCAUCCCUGUUUAAUAUGCAAUUAACACAUCUGCCUUUAAAUGUACAAAAACAUUUCACUGAUUUUUAUUCAAUAAGAACUAGUUUCCACAAUUAACCAGAAUUCUUCAUUGGUUGAAUAUACUAUAUAUAACCAAUUCCGUCCUAAACGUGUUGGAAAGCUCAGGCUGACUACAUUCAUAGUUCAGAGGGCUGUUAGUUCAUAUAUAUGCAGCCCAUCCAUCACUCUGCUGCUUGUAUAAACUGAAUCUGUAACCAUGUAGUAGUGACUUUGUUAUGAAUAAUUUCACUGAAUUUCACUUUUUUUUAAAUGUCAAUUCUAAUGAUAUUCAAUGAUUGCUCUUUGAAAAUAAAGUGUUUAAAUUAUGCUGCACUAUGGAUCAUUAUACAAAAUGCCAAAUCAUGAAUACGACCCUCUGAAUUAACUGGAUGGACAUUUCCUUUACAGCAAGUUUAGAUCCGUAUUUGAUCCGAAGUAUUUUUCAAUAAAGCAUGUUCAAUUUAAGAUCAGA